AUGUCUUGCUGCGGAGAUCGCGAAAAGGGUCACGCCAAGUUGGAGGAAAAGUGGGAUUAUGUGAAUCUGGACGACUUCAAAUCCGAAUCUUGCUGGACACCCUUCUCCUACUUCUUCCUUUGGGUUUUUCUGUUUGUCUCGUUGGCUGUCUAUGGGGUCGACACGUUCACCGCAGUCAAUCUGAUCGCCUUCUCCCGAUGGGCCGGUCGAAUCAAACCGGCCAUCCCAUUCUACAUCUCGCGAUGGAUCUUUGCUGCUUGCAUUCUCUUCUCGUUCGCUCUCUUGGCCUACCGUUGGAUGAACGCGAUUCGUGCGAUGCGCUCAGGCAGCAUCACACGCAGUUACAUGGAUCCCCUUGCGGUUCGCGUUCAGAGUUUCCGCAUCUUUGGCUCCAAAGGUCGUGGCUGGAAGCGAUACCUUGUCUUCGCGGAAUUGACAAAGAGUAAGAAAGGUGCGGAGUACGUCGCCCUGUACUCAUACUUCUCUUUUCAUUCCUGGAUGACGACGGUGUUCGCCGAUGGGCCGCGGCAGGUGCUCAACGGCAUCACGCUGUAUUCGGUGACCAAGAUGGAUCUUCUCCCGGGGGGCGAAAAUGCCCAUAAGGACGAUAACGCUUCGGGAAUCAGCCAGUUCUUCAACAACCUCCAAAGUAUGGCCGAUGACAACGUUCUCCAAUUGGUGGUGUUGCUUGGCAUGCUCUUCACGGUGAUCAUUUGGAUCAUCUCAGCUUUGAGGCUGGCCUCGGCAAUUGUGCUGUACCUGAUCUACCUGUUUCACCAUAUCCCGGCCGAAGAUGGUACCUUGACCAGGUAUUGUCGCCGCAAGAUUAGCACGCGGCUGACGCGGAUUGUGCAGCGCAAAGUCAAUAAGGCUCUGCAAAAGGGCUUUAUGUUGCAGGAACGCACACCCACUCAACCGAGUCUCGCGAAUUUAGAUACGAAACCGACGCUGCCGUCUCUCGACCAAGACAAGGGCCCAACCGUGGCUACUAUAUCGCGCAGUACCACCAUGACCACCCUGCCGCCUUACACGCGAUCAAAUUCUUUUGCCCCAGAACAGAACCCCACUCUGCCAAAUCUGGAGUCACCUUACUCGCGAUCAAAUUCUGCGGCCCCAGAGCAGAAUCCCACUCUUCCAAAUCUGGAAGGUGGUUUUAAUGCCAGGCCGCCGCUCACUCGAACAACCACUCAGUCAUCAGCUUAUUCUGAGUCGGCUUCGUUGAUGGGCCAUGCGGCGACGAUGGGAUAUAGUCCUCUGGACCGUCAGAACUCGCCGGCGCCACCAGUUCCACCGCUGCCGGCCUCCAUUCAACCUCCCAGAUCUCGAGGUACUCCUGGUCCGCCGCCGUUUGCCAACGAGUCCGGCCGCAGCAGCCCUGGGCCGGGGUAUCGCAAUUUGACUGACAGUACCCCCGGACCUGGCCAAUAUCACGCGUUCAGUCCUGCCACGGACCCCUAUGCUUCCCGGUCACACACACCCGGCGCUUCUAUUUCUGAUGACUAUUUUAGUCGCGACGAAAAUCCAACUCGCUAUGACGCCUAUGGUGCUCCUGGCGUUGCACAAGGCGGAGAAGACGACUAUUACGCUCGAUCUGGAACCCAAAUGAGUCAACGUGGUACCCAUCGCCCGCAGGCUGGUCCUUACCAAAGAUCUUUCACACCAGCCAGCACGGGGGGAACGCCUCCGCCCAUGAGCGCUGGCCCCACUGCGCGAUCCAUGACCCCGGCAAGCUACCGUGGAACCCCUCCCCCGCCAUCAGGCGGACCAGCAGUACGACCUCCACCUCGAAAUUUCACACCUCUCAGCCAGACCAGCACCCCUGGUCCUCAACAAGGAGAUAGCAGCGGUGGUGGUGGCGGGUAUGCAGCCUACAGCCCAACAUCGAUGGGCCCCCCUCGACCACCACCAAAUCGGCCAAUCCCUUCCGCGCCAUCAGGCUACCAACCCUUCACACGCGCAAACACCGCCUCUCCUUCCGCCAUGAACCGCAAUGCCAACAAUGGCACUCCCCAGGGAUAUGGGUUUACUCGCGCAAACACAGACCAGUUCUGA